CGCUGUUCCACCAUAUAAAAAAGUUUUUUUUUCAGUUACGUUUAUAAUGGAUAAUAGCAUACAACCAUUACAAGAAUUCUUAACUAACAUGGUGGUACCUGAUAAACGGACUUCCGUUGAGCUCAACUCCGAGCACAUUACAAUGUUACAUGGUACCAAAAGCAAAAAGCAAUUAAGCCGCAAAAAGAAGUCUACAAAAUCCUCCUCGCUAACAAGGCGUGAAUAUUCGAAACUUGGUCUACAUACUCUGCCUACACUACAAAUGAAAUAUACAGAGGUGCUCCCGUUGCAUCGGCUGUGGAAGGGUUAUAUGAAAGAACAUUUGGGCCUUAGCGAAGGCGAUCGGAUACCACAAGUAUAUGAAGCAGGUUAUGAUGCCUUUAGUAAGAUGCUAGUAAAGACCGAUUUACACGGAUCGAAUAUGUCUGUGCUGCAAUCGAAAUGUUCGACUUUAGUGGGAAUCUCUGGUAUCGUAGUCAUGGAUACAAAGAAUGUGUUGAAGAUAUUGGGGAAAGAUAAUCGUCUGAGGACAGUCCCAAAAAGCGAAUGUGUUUUUAGUAUGAAAUUCGGUAAUAUGAACUUUACGAUAUUUGGGAAACAUCUAUGCAUAAGACCGGCAGAACGGUCGGUAAGGAAAAUAAAAAAUUAUAUUGAACCCUUCGAUUAUUAAUAAUGUAAAUCUUAUUUUUACAACAAAUAAAAUAUACUUAAGAAAAGCUGGUA